AUGGCGAUUCCAUGUCUACCGACGGCGCUCCUGGCCGGUUUCCUCCUCCUCGUCGCGCCGCCACCGUGGUCCGCCGUGGAGGCGACCGACCACGUCAUCGGGGACUCGAUCUGGUCCAUCCCUACAACCAACGACCACUACCGCCUCUGGGCGAGCAACCGGACGUUCUACGCCGGCGACAACCUCGUGUUCCGGUUCGACACAGGAAUGUACAACGUGAUGCAGGUGGGCAGGGGGGAGUACGACGCCUGCACGGCGGAGGACCCCUACCAGAUUUUCGACACCAGCCCCGCCGUCUACCAUAUCGAGUUCCCUGAUGUGCGCUACUUCAUCAGCAGCAUCGCCAACUACUGCAGCCUCGGAGUCAAGAUCUGGCUCCCGUCAGAGAAACGACCCUAGCCUAGCCUUGAAUAAUACUUCUAUGCAUUCUCCAGUGUAUCCUACAGUACCUACUUCCAUUCGUCUCCUGAAUCUAUCUGGUG